GAGGGCCACUUCCACCGACACUAAUAAGGAGCUCGCAAUCCCACUCGGACUUUUAUUUCCAAGUCCUCAGAACCGGAGUCGGACCGAUCGUUAUCUCGCGUGGAUUAUGCUCGUCUCGCUGCUUUUUUGAUUCCGCACCGCCUGAGAGGAAACUUUCCCCGCUCCUGUUUUCAAGAAAGCAGUCUACCAGUGUCAGAGCUAUGAUCUGCCUGCUAAGAUGGACUACUCUCCUUUGGACUGUACUCUUAACUCCUUGCACUUUUGGAAUGGUAGUGAAUGAACGAACAGAUGUCUCAUGUUCACAAUUGAAUGUGGAUGAAAGCAGGUUUUCAGAUGUCUUGGAUCGUCCUCUGGAAAUCACAGGAUUUGAUCUGACAGAAAAGUUUCUUUUGAGAAAAGGGACAGUCACAGAAGACCUGCCUUCAUUUCGCCUGGGAAGCAGCCCACUUAUCAAGCCAACCAAGCAAAUCUUCCCAAACGGGUUGCCAGGUGAAUACUCCCUGGUCACCAUCUUCCGUGUGAGAAGAACUACAAAAAAAGACCGCUGGUAUCUAUGGCAGAUAUUCGACCAGGCUGGAGACACUCAGGUGUCAGUUGUGGUUGACGGCGGCAGGAAGGCGGUGGAGUUCUCCUCGCGGGGCCUGCUGAACAACGUGCUCCGCUACACGUUUAAGAGCCGUGACCUACACAACCUGUUUGAUCGCCAGUGGCACAAGCUGAGCUUUUCUGUGCAGAGCAACAUCAUCUCUGUUUACAUGGACUGCAGGCUAAUAGAAAGGAGGCUGACUGGCGAGAGAGAUGCCGUUGACCACAGUGGGCAUGCACUCAUCACCACCAGAAUAGAGGAUGGACGGCCGGUGGAUAUUGAACUCAAACAAAUUCUCAUCUACUGCGACCCUUAUAUAGUGGAGAUGGAAACGUGCUGUGAAAUACUGGAGCGAAAGUGUGAAGACCCGCAGACAUUUAACGACACCUCCCCUCCCCCGGUUACAGCCCAACUCCCACAAAUGCUGUCUCAGCCAGCCACACAGCCAAUUGACAGAUGUCACUGCCCAGCUGAAAAGGGAGAGGUUGGUCUUCCAGGCCAAGUUGGACUUCCUGGACCAAGAGGAGAUGUGGGGGAAAAGGGAGAAGUUGGAUCGGACGGACAGAAGGGGAUGGAAGGGGAAAGGGCUGACAACGACUGUCUCAAAGGGGAUCAGGGCCUUCGGGGAGGAAAAGGAGAACAGGGACUUGGUGGACUGCCAGGCCGGCCAGGUGAAACAGGCAAGGAGGGCAAAAGGGGCCGCAGGGGAAAGCCUGGUGAGCCUGGACCUGAAGGCAAACCUGGCGACAAGGGCGAGACUGGCGUCCCGGGAGAGAAGGGGGCGAAAGGAGACAGCGGAGAGCCUGGUCAGCCUGGUGCCGAGGGGGCCGAAGGGAUGAAAGGACAGAAAGGUGAUGGAGGCCCACCUGGUCCACCUGGUCCUGUGAUGACAUCUCAUGGAUUGAGGCAACUCUCUGAAACUGAUGAACCAAUGAAUGCACUGAAAGGAGAAAAGGGAGAUCGGGGGGAAAUUGGAUCACCAGGACCACAAGGCUUGAAGGGAAUCAUCGGCCUGCCGGGAUUGAAAGGAGAUCAAGGUCCAGAGGGCAAGCAAGGACCUGCUGGACUCCAAGGAGAGCCAGGCUCACCAGGGGAGCAUGGAAGAAAUGGCCUAAAAGGGGAAAAGGGGGACUCGGGAACAGGGAUUGGACUGCCAGGACCCAAGGGUGAGCCUGGAGAGCCUGGAAAUGUGGGCGAUGGGCUGUCUUUAUCCAGAAGCUCUCGUGGCCCUAAGGGAGAACGAGGCGUCCCGGGACUGCCUGGAGAGCAUGGUGAAAAAGGCGAGCCUGGAGAGAGCAUCACAGGCAUGCCAGGCCCCAUGGGACCCCCAGGGAAGCCAGGACUGGAGGGUCUUCGUGGUGCCCCAGGUUCGUCUGGGCCGGCUGGAACUCCGGGAAGAGAGGGCCCCCCUGGCAGACCAGGCGCCCCAGGCCCCGCAGGACCGCCAGGUGAACCGACCGCACUACCAAUCGUUGGAGAUAUGGGAGCUGCGCUUAAGAACGCCUGCAGUGUUUGCCAGAUGAGAGUCUCCGGGUUGACCGGGCAGAAGGGAGAGAAGGGCUCCCCCGGAGCGCAAGGACAUGAUGGCAUGGUGGGAGAAAAGGGAGAUCCAGGUAUAAGAGGUCCAAUGGGGAACCCUGGUAAAGAAGGCCCAAAGGGAGUGAAAGGAGAGCGAGGCUUCUUAGGCCCCACGGGAGAUAAGGGUGAUGAGGGGCCUGCUGGGGUUCCUGGACUCCCUGGGGUUACAGGUCGCACUGGGGAGCAGGGUCUAAUGGGUCGGCCUGGUCCAGUGGGUCAUACAGGAACUAAAGGAGAUCAAGGAAAUGAAGGGCCUCCAGGACGACCUGGGCUUCCAGGACCUCCAGGUGCACCCUAUGUGGAGGGCAAUGGGAUGAGCGGCCUGUACAAGCUGCAGAGUGGUGGAGCUAUUUUAGGACCCCCCGGAGCUCCUGGUGCUCCGGGACCCAAAGGAGAUGAAGGACUUGCAGGGGAUCCAGGGCUUAUGGGAUUACCUGGGCUUGAAGGACUACCUGGUGCUAAGGGUGACGUCGGUCUGUCUGGUCCACCUGGAACAUCAGGUCCUCUAGGGAAGCCCGGCCCACGGGGAGAACCAGGGAUCCCAGGAGAACCGGGUGAGAGGGGGCCACUCGGGGAGACAGGAUUCCCGGGACCCGAGGGACCCCAAGGUGUUGCUGGCAGGCCUGGGAAGGAUGGAACUCCUGGAUACAAGGGAGAUCCAGGUAGAGCGGGUGACAGAGGAUCCAAAGGGGAACGUGGUGAUCCGGGAAUUCACGGAGAGAGAGGUGUCCAGGGAGAAAGAGGACGCCCUGGAGAUGGUGGCCCCUCGGGACCGAGCGGACCUGUUGGCCAAAAAGGGGAUGUGGGCCCUCCGGGACAGUUGGGCGACACCUCCCUCAUGGAGGAACUGAAAAUGUUCAUCAGGACUGAAGUAUUAAGGGUCUUUGAAGAAAAGCUGUCGAGCUCCGCCCUGCUACAGAAGACACCUGCAGGUCUUUUAGCCUCACAGAUCCAAGGACCUCCAGGAGCCCCUGGCAAGGAUGGCUUACCAGGAGUGCCUGGACCUCCCGGCCCUCAAGACUGAGGGGCAGGCCGCAGAGGAAAAGGCCAGGAGUGUGUGGCACACAGCGGCUCUCUGGAAAAAUAUGAAGACGAAUGAAGAAUUGACUGUGAAUCAGAGUUGUAACAAUGCAGACAGGGAAGGAGUCCCCGGUAUUGAUACCUCAAUCCAAGAGGGGUCUGGGGAGGGCGGACUCUGAAAUUCCCCAAAAAAGAGGGUGGACUGUGAGGACGGUAACUGGCCAGGCGUUAUUCUUCCAACUGUCUUAGAGUUGCGCUUUGGAUCUACCUCACCAUGAUAUGAAAUGCUGCUGCUCCCAUACAUGAAUAAUACAGCUAAGGAAGAGCGGACUAGAAAUAUGUGUGCUGUGUUCUUGCCUCUCGUUACACAGCUGCUGUUUUUUUUUUUUAUUUUGGUUUGGUUUUAUUUUCUUUGCUUGACGAGAGUAGUUUAUAGGUGAGUCUUAAUGCAGCUUUGCAAUAAAUAUUUACCAAAGAAUGAGGAGGAAAGUUAUCUCCCUUGAUAAAUCAAACAUUCAACAACUUCCUAUUUCUUUCUUUGUUGACUCCCCUCAUCUGAAAGAGCGACUUUUUUUGGGGGGGGAGGUAAUAUUUCCUCAUUAUUUCUCGUCAUCCUCUGCUGGAGACCAUCCAAUUGGGCUUUUUCUCUCCUCGAUGACAAAAUGAAUUGUUUAUGGAGGAAAAUAACCCCUCAUGUUAAAUGUUCAGUCUCAGGCUGUUAACUAUGAGGACGCAUGCUGAAUAUCAUCUUUUUAUUUGACUCCUGAGUUUUGCUUUUUAUGUUUUGUUUCAGAGAUCAUUCUGUGCAUAGCCACACAU